AACAAGUGUUGGGCCCCGUACAUUUAAAAGUUUAUAAAUGGCUGCUGUAUGUGCGUCUGCCGAAUGCAAUGUUAUUCAGCGCAUCAAUUUCGCUUUAUACGGAUCAAUAAAUUGGAAAUUAAAGUCAUAAAAAGUUUUUAUUUUGAUCUUCAAAAGAUAUUUGAUGUAAUAGAUCACUUUUAGUUGUGAUUCUUUUCCAAAUAUGAUUAGAAAACGACUUCGUUCGUUUUGUUUACAUUUUGUAGCUGGCAACUUAUUUUAGAUGGAACGUUACAAAUUUUGCUCUUACUUUUUAAAAGGCAGAGUUAAAUUCGUUUUAUCAGCGUAGUUGAAACAAGCAUCUAGUUCGAUGUAAUCCUAACUGUAGGAAAUUUUAUGCUUUUAUUGAAUAAAUCUGAAACUUACUCAGUUGUCAAAUAGCCAUUUUUAAUUGUUUAUUUUCGAAAACUUAUUUGUGUUUCUAAAAUGUGACUAGAUUAUUCGGAAUCGUGUUAUCAAAACCAGUUCUAUGUAUAAUUCACUAUUAAAAGAGAGAUGCAUUUGGUGGCACUGGUUUGACAGUUGUUUUAUAAAUCUGCCAUGCUGGAUUGGUUCCCAAGAUGCUCAAAGAGCCAAGUUCAUCUCAGUAUUUUAGAGUUCUAUCGUGAUCGAGCUAAGAAACGAGAUAAAAGACUUAAGGAAAUGACAUGCAACCCCCAAAAUAUGCUGCUAGUAUUAUGAGUCUAAAAGGCUGCAGUGUUUUCUAAACCUGUAGCAUAUAAUGAGUAUUAUUAUUCAGUUCAACUCAUCUGCAUUUAGUCAAUCUGGGAUUGCUGUUUCUUCAACAAAUCAAUGUCACCCCAAGAGAAAUGUGAAGCUGGAAAUGGUCCCAGGAAUUGAACGUUCUAAUGUACCAGGCAUGACAGAUGAUGAAAAUUCCUUAGAUAUUGCCAGUUCUUCAGUAUUUUCUACCACUUUAAAAGAAGUGAGAUACUCUAGUAAUCACACAAAUACUUGUUUUGGAUUACCAUAUCAGGAUCAUAAUUAUGGUGCUCCUCCUCCACCAACUCCCCCUAGUUGUUCACCCUGUCCGUCACCUAUCUUAUCAGUACCUAUUCCUCCAGAUGAAGAUACUACUCUUUCUGUUAUUUCCAAUUCUACAAAUGAAGAAGUUCAAGAGGAAAGUGUUACUCGUUGCAUUUGUGGUUUUGAGCAUGAUGAUGAAUAUAUGAUUAGCUGUGAUAAUUGCUUAGUCUGGCAACAUGUUGAUUGUAUGGGUCUGGACCGGAACAACAUACCAGAUACCUAUUUAUGUGAUAAAUGUGAACCAAGAAAAUUGGAUCGCCACAAGGCUAAGCUCUUACAAUCAAGAAAGAAAGGUUCUUUAACUGCUGUGAAACCUCAAGGUUCAACGUCUUUAAAACAAGAACCAAACUUUAAUAAUCGAAUUUUUGGGAAGGAUUUUAAAAAGAAAUCUCUUGGACAUAAUUCUGAUGAUUGGGGGUCUGUUCAUAAAUCUGAUUUUCGAGAUUCCUCAAAUUUGCAGCGCUUCAAUUAUUCUUCUGAUAGUGAUGAUGUUUUAAAUAAAAAUGCAGAUCGUAGGCCUAAAACUCGAAGUAAACGUAGGAAAAGGGAGGAUAACGGAACACCAGCUACGAAUGAGCAUUCUACAACAAGAAAAAAAUCUAAAAAACAUGGAAGAGAACGAAUGGAAGCUAAAAGAUCCAAGUUGCGGAGGGGUAAAAAUAAAGAAAGCACCAGCACUGCUGAUGAAGAAGCUCAAGAUGCUUGGGAGUACAGUCUAGAGUGGUGUGAAAAAAACUUUGAAGAUGCUAUAAAUAACCAAUACACUCCAGAGAUUCAGCAUAUAGCUAGGUCAUUAAGUACUCAGGGUUUUGAAAAACGUUUCCUUGAGCAAAUGCGUACAAAACAAUGCCAUGCUUAUGAUGACGGGAAAAGGAAGCAGCUGGUUUGCCUUCGAGAUUUGCCAAGAAACUCUCCUCUUAUUGAAUACAAAGGAAAAUUUUUACUGGCUUCACAGUUUCAUGAUAUUCAUCCUUUAUAUAACAGACGGCUUUAUCCGUAUGUGUUAUUUUAUCUAUUGGACCAAGAAAGUGUCUGUGUUGAUGCUUCCAUGUAUGGGAAUGAUGCUAGAUUUGUGAGACGAUCUUGUAAACCUAAUGCUGAAAUCCGACAUAUGAUGUACAAUGGAAAAUUGCACUUAUACUUAAGAUCCACUAGAGUAAUAUUUAGAGAAGAUGAAGUAACAAUCCCUCUAAUAAUUCAUCCAAGUGACAGUGUAAAAGAUUAUGAAUGUUCUUGUGGAUCAGAAGAAUGUCUUGUAAAACCAAAGAAAAAGAAUGGUACAAUUGAAGUUUGUCAGGAAAGAAGGCGCAGAACUAGGCGGUCAACAAUGACAGCAGAUGAGGACAGCAAUCAUUCUGUUGAGGUGAAACAAACUAGACAUCAAAGAAGAAUCAGUGAAGCAAAUGAAAAGCCUAAGCAAGUGACUAUCAAGACUGAGCCUAAGCAAGUGACUAUCAAGACUGAGCCUAAACAAGUGACUAUCAAGAGUGAACCUAAACAAGUGACUAUUAAAACGGAACCAAUUGAACAUCAGAUUGUUCCUGUAGAAGAAUCCCCUAUUCCCAUCAAAGAAGAACCGGAAGUAAAAAGCACUUCAGACUUUGAAUCAGAAGAACCAAUUAGUGGUGGGAAACGAAAGCAGACCAGAGAGGAGCGUAAAAUAGAUGCUAUUAUGCGUGCUUUUCAAAAGAUGGAACAAGCUCAAAAAAGAAAACAACUUGCUUUAGAAAAACAAAAAACACACCAUCAUAAAUCAGAUUCUUGUGAUGACAAAUCAGAAUCUGAACCAAAAAAAGAAGAAAAAACAAGUGGAACAUCUGAAGUAAUUCCUAAGGAGGAAGAAAAAGUUGCACCCCUAACACCCAAAAAGAAAGGCAAGAGAAGAAGAGGUUCUGGAACUCCUUCUCGGCGCCGGACAAGAACUAAUAGUGGUGGAUCUGAUCUGAUGUCAUUUGACGAAUCUUCGCCAAUAAAAAUCACUCCAUCAAUCGACAUUAAUUCUUCAUUAACUGAAAACAUUCACGUGCCUGUGUCAUCACCACCACCUGCAUCAUCAUCACCAGGUUUAAUAUCGCCAAUAUCAACUGUCACAACUGCAUCCUCAUCUCAUGUGUUAAAGACAAAACGGUCACUAAUGAAUGAAUGGUUACAAGAAAAGUCUGAAGCUGUGAACAACACUCCAGUAUCAUCACCUCUCCCCAUUCACACAGAAAUGAAGUGGAACAUGUCAGCAGCUGUUGCUACUUGUUAUGUGCGCUGUACGAAAGAUGCCCCACAUUCAUCUGGAAUAUCUGCUGCACAUCUUCGCCGGAGUAACUCAGCUGGUCAAAUGAAACCUGGUACUGGCCCAGGUUCAGCCAAAAAAAGGUGGUUAAGACAGGCAAUGUAUGACUGCCAUGGCUGUGAAAUUCAACAGAAAUCAGAUCAUUGCAGUAUGGAUCCUCCGUCAAACUUAGACAAUGGUUGUCUUAGCCCUAAUUGCCAUGGAGAUUCUGAUAAUUAUGGAGGACCAGGAGAAGAUAUGUUGCCCACACCUUUGAAGAAACGAAGAUUGAUGCGAGAAUCUAUCGAAUCACUGCCAUCUCCUCAAAGUCCAUCCACUGCAACUUCUGUUGAUGAUACAGAUGCCACCACUGUAUCCAAUUCUGUUAUCAGUGAUAACAGUACAGAGCAUGGAAGUGAUGCUGUGGAGAAUGAGACAUCUAGCAUUGAUAAAGAUUCAGCUGCUAUUAUUCCAGAGACUUCAAUUGUUAGUAAUGGAAAUGAUGAAAUUGUAACAAAUGAAAAUGUGAAGGAGAAUGCUAAGUUAAAGAAGGAAUUGAAACCGAGUUUUGAAACAUGCUUCUCACUAAUUUCUUCUGUAGAAUUGGUGUCUGAAGAAAAUAAAUUUAUUGCAGAAAAAUCUUUAUCAGAAGAAACUUUAUCAGACCCCUUAUCUUUUGCAGAAGAAAAAGCUGAUGUGAUUAAAGACUCAUUAGUAAAGUCACCAGAAAAUAUUGAAGAUCACAUUGAAAACAAAUCAGAUUCUGGAACUGGCUCUAUAAUGCUAGAAACUGAUUUGAAAGCAUCGAACUUGGACACAACGACAGAAGAAAACAUGUCUUCAGAUAUGGAAAUCAGCAUGUCUGAAGUAAUUUCUGGAAACCAGAGCUGUUCAACAUUGAGUGAAUCUGAAACAUCAGAAAAAGACUUGGUUGCUCAAAAGCAAUCACAGGAUUUAACUGGUGCAAAUACAGCACCUUCAUCUGUAAAUACAACAGCAUCCAGUGAAACAAAUGAUUCAUCAUUUAUCAGUAAGGCACCUCAUUCAUCUAACUCAAACAUUUAUUCUUUUGAUAUUAUUAAGCAGUCACACAUAAAAGACAGUGAUCCAGAAUCAGAGCUCAAUGAUUUAUCUAUGCAAAAUAAUAAAGAUAUUUUUCCUAACAAAGAUAUAAAAAAUCAAGAAAAUAAUUGUGCUGUUUUAUUGACUAACAAUACUGAUGUUGAAUGUGGCAGUGAAACUCUUGUAAAUAAUUCGAGUGACAUUAGUACAAAUUGUGGCACAACAGAUCCACUUAAUCAAACCGUGUGUAGUCCUAUCGUUUCUUGUAAUAAUGUAAAUAGCUGUAGUAACUCUAGUUUUCAAUCAAAUGACAGUGAAUCUCUUUCAAAAAAUAAAACUGGUGAGACUGAUAAUAUCAAAGAUGAACCUUCUGUAAAUAAAGAAACCAAUGAAGAUGCCAUGGAGGUAGAGUCACAAUCGAGUGAAAGUUCAACAAAGAAGUGGGAAGAAAUCACUAAACCUUCUCCUAUAUCCCGGUGCACAUCCAGUGAAGAUACUAGUCCAGAUAUUAAAGUUUGUGCUUCUGCAACACAAAAACGAAAGGUUUCUUUGUCAGAAUAUAGAAUGAGAAUGCGAGAAAAUACAACCAAAAGUAAAUUAGACUCUGAGAGUUCUAUCAAACCAGCUACUACUACAACAUCAAUAUGUGCUAUAUCUUUACCUGACACAUUGCCAGAACAGGUUACUCUUACUCCUUUGCCCUUGUUUGAAAAAAUAAGAGCAAAGAAAUUAGCUGCAAAGCAUCCUGCUUCACAAAUAGUGAGCAAAAUUAAAAAAGAAGAAAUCAAAGUAGUGCCAGAAACUGAUGUAACAGAACAUCGAGAAAAUUUAAAUGAACGGUUGAGGCGUGAAUUUGGUUUUGAUGUGUCGGAAGGUGCUCGGCCAUCACCCCCUCCUCCUCCGCCACCACCUCGUCAUACUCGUCCUCCACUUAAAGAAUCUAUACCUGUUGCUGUACAGCCGACACAGUUUAACUUCACACCUUCACCCUUUCCUCGGCCCCAGUAUCUGGUUCCUCCACAGGUUCCAGUUAGCCCUUUUUUGCAACCACAACCUCCAAUUAUUCCUACAGUUCAUCCUUUAAAUGCCAAUUCUGCACAGUGCAGUCUUCAGCCUCCAUUAAUACCUCCAACUCAUCCUUUUACUCCAUCAAUGGCGCUUUUACGGCCACCACAACGUGACUACUCUCCUGUCAACGCACAACAGUUUGCUGCUCUGGUUCAACAACCUCCUCCACCACCACCCCAUAAAUCAUACUUACAUGUCUAUCCAUCUGGACUUUACAAAUGAAAUGGAUGAGGCUUUUAAGAUUUUAUAAACUUAUCAUAACUUGUACAUUUUUUUCAGAUUCUCAAGUGUUCAUUUUAGCAUUUGUUUUAUUUCUUCAUCCUACAUAAAAGUGUAAAUAUUAUUGUUAAAAAAAAAUUAUAUUUGAUGUAUAAAUGUAAAGUAAAGUUAUAUUGCUAUUCAUUUUUUUUCUCCAGAUUUAAAUAUGUACAUAGUUAUCAUUUUACUUCUUUUUCAUUACUUUUUUACAUUUGUUACGUUAUUCUUCAAACAUUUUUUUUUUGUUGCCAACGUAUGAGUACAGUUAAUGUGCUUCUGCUCAAUUGGAUUUAAACUUCAGAUUUUUAUUUGUCUAACACAUCUAUAUUGUUAUACUUAAUAGACAUAUAUAUAUUAUUUUUGUUCUUUUUUCAUUUUGUAAAAAGUUAUUAUAAGAAAGAAUAAAUUUAUAUAUAUAUUUAAAGAAAAGCAUGAAAACCAUCUGCAAUCAAUUUUUUAUAAUUUGUAUAAAUUUUUUUUUUAGGUUUUAUGCAUUAUUUAUUAAAACUUGUUGCUUUAAAAAAUGGUUCCGAAUGUAAUGAUAUUUACUCCAAUACUACUAGCUAAUCUUUUGUUAUGUUAACCUUUUUUAAAAAAUAAUUUUCAUUACCAGAACGUUUAAAAAAUACUCUUAAAUUUCCAAAUUCAAAGUUCCAACUUUAUUUUCCAUAAUCACUACAUAUGUUUACUUUUUAAUGCAUCUGCUGGUAUAAGUUUCAAAAACAGGUUAAUAUAUUUUUUUAAAAAUUAAUUCUGAGGAAUUUGUUUUCUGAAUUAUUUUCAACAAUUCAGUUUAUUUUUCCAUGCAAACAAAUUUAACCUUCGUCCCACUUUGGUUUAGAUAUACUAACACAGCUUAAUAAAAUUAGUUAUUGCUUUUAAAGCAAUUGUCUAUUUGUUUUCUUUCCUGGCCAUUCACAAUGAAUAAGUGUUUAAUAUAAUAGAAGUUCAGUUAAUCUUUUUAUUUCUCUAUAUUAUGAAGUUAUAUUUUCCCUGCAUGGACCGGUAAUGCCAAUAUUUUCUCUCUCUGUCCCACUGAAAAUUAUGUGGUGGUCACCAGGAUCUAAUUAUUUAUUUUUUUUUUAAGUUAUCUUUUGCCAUUUUUAUAAUAUUUCCGUUGAGUACGUGAAUUUAGUUCAGUUUUAUAUUUUAGAAAAAAAGAACAUUGCAUUCAUUUGCAUAGUUUAUUUCAACGGCUCACAGAUAGUUCACGGUUUGUACAUUUAUUGUUGGAAGAAAAAUUAAGAACUUUUUAAAGAAAAUAUUUUUUUUUCUCGUGCCAUAUUGCAAUAAAAUGAUCUAUUUUUGCCAAAACGAUAAAUUAUAUUGCUUUAAAAGAGAGGAAAUUUGGCAUUUGAUAUCUGUAAUCAUUUUUUCAUCCUGAGUUUUAAUUUUUAAUGCUUAUUUGCUGUGGUUGUAUACAUUUUUAACAACGUUCUUAUAAAUGUUGAGUUAUUAAAACUAAUUAUCUUAUUAACAAAAUUAAAUUAUUCCCAUAAUUUUGGAGUAUAUUUCCAGUGACCACAACUUAGCUACAGUAUAAGAUGUUAUUUAAACUUGUUACUCUACUAAAUUCCUAAUCAGGCUUUCAUUAAGAUGUGAGUUAUUUUAUUGAGUGUUAUUAUACUAGCUUUAUAAUUAUAAAAAGAAAGAACGUGAUUUAAAACGAGAUAAUUAUUUUCAAAUGUAAACAUUCAAAGUUAUUGUAUUUUUCCCUCUAUCAGUGAAUUUAUAUUUAAACAGAAAUUGAUUAUCGUAAUUGGAAAGUUAUUUUUUUCCCUUAAAGUGAAAUAUUUAUACACAUAUAUAUAUAUAAAAGGAAUCCUUGUCUUAAAAUGUACUUGUUAAAAUGUUUUCAUUUUAUUUGAAUCUUAUUCUAUGCAAAAUGUUUUAGAAUUAACCAUUACAUGUAUUACCAGAAAACUAUUUCAUAAUAAAUUAUAUUGUAAAAUA